UGGUGGCUCGCUGCCUUCCCCUCUCUCUGGUAAGAUGGCGGGCGUUGAGGUGCAACGAGAGAGCCCCAGGGUGGAAGAGGAAGACGGUGAGCGCCAUGUGAACGGGGAGCUGGAGGAGGACGAGCUGACGGCUGUAGGGGACAGUGCGGCGGGGAAGAAGAAGAGGAAGAAAAAGAAGAAGACCAAAGCGGGACAAGAACCUGAAAAAGGAGGAGAAGCCGCAGCCCAGAUUUUAGAUGAUGUGACAAAACAACUAGAGAAACAAGCACUUGAAAACAAAGAUAAGGAUGAUGAGGAAGAAGAUGGUGAUGGUAAAGGUGAUGGAGCAGCAGGGAAGAAGAAGAAGAAGAAGAAGAAGAAAGGGGCCAAAUCUCAAACAGAUCCACCUUCUGUUCCUAUUUGUGAACUGUUUCCAAGUGGAGCUUUCCCAAAAGGACAGGAGUGCGAGUAUCCAGCAUCCCAGGAUGGGCGUUCUGCUGCUUGGAGGACAACCAGUGAAGAGAAGAAAGCUUUGGACCAGGCCAGUGAGGAAAUAUGGCUUGAUUUUAGACAAGCUGCUGAAGCUCAUAGACAAGUGAGAAAGUAUGUUACGAGCUGGCUAAAGCCAGGAAUGACCAUGAUUGAAAUCUGUGAAAAACUUGAGGACUGCUCUCGCAAGCUUAUUAAAGAAAAUGGACUGUAUGCCGGUCUUGCUUUUCCUACAGGCUGUUCCUUAAAUAACUGUGCAGCCCACUACACUCCUAAUGCUGGAGAUCCCACAGUGUUACAGUAUGAUGAUGUUUGCAAGAUUGAUUUUGGAACGCACAUCAAUGGUCGUAUAAUUGACUGUGCUUUCACAGUCACAUUCAAUCCAAAGUAUGACAAGUUGCUGGAAGCUGUCAAAGAUGCAACAAACACUGGAAUUCGGUGCUCUGGUGUUGAUGUCCGCCUUUGCGAUGUUGGUGAAGCAAUCCAGGAGGUUAUGGAAUCGUAUGAGGUUGAAAUUGAUGGCAAAACAUAUCAAGUGAAACCCAUUCGGAAUCUGAAUGGUCAUUCUAUUGGACCAUAUAGAAUACAUGGUGGUAAAACUGUGCCCAUCGUGAAAGGAGGUGAAGCGACACGUAUGGAGGAGGGUGAAGUGUACGCAAUCGAGACUUUUGGUAGCACUGGGAAAGGAGUGGUUCAUGAUGACAUGGAAUGCUCUCACUACAUGAAAAACUUUGAUGUUGGGCAUGUGCCAAUUAGACUUCCAAGAGCAAAACACUUGUUAAAUGUCGUCAAUGAGAACUUCGGCACUCUUGCUUUCUGUCGUCGGUGGCUGGAUCGACUUGGAGAGAGCAAAUACCUAAUGGCUCUAAAGAACCUGUGUGAUUUGGGUAUCGUGGACCCAUACCCGCCUCUCUGUGACAUCAAAGGCUCCUACACAGCACAAUUUGAACAUACCAUUCUGUUGCGCCCAACCUGCAAGGAAGUUGUGAGCAGAGGAGAUGACUAUUAAAGCUGAUGUUGAACUUGAUGCUGCCUGUCUUUAAAUACUGCUUCUAUGGAAGCAUAUUGUAAGAGGAAUUUGGAAAAGUGAUGUCCUAAUUAGGACACCAGAAAUUGGAAUAAAUGUGGAUUAAAGGCAUAGCUUUACUAACAUUGGGCAAGGCUGACUUUCAGACCUAUUUCUUCAGGGGAAUGUUAAUUAUGCUAAAUUUUAUGUUUCAAAUAUUUUGCCUUCGAAAUGCUUUUGAAAUGUUUAUAUUCAGAUAUAUUGGCACAAGUUUCUUAAACUUGUUUCUGUGGAUACUAGCAUUGCAUUUUAACUCCCUGGAAACAUCUUUUUUUUUUU